AUGGAGUCCCGACUUUGGCAGGAGUUGCAGGCGGCGCAGCAUCCUUCUGCUGUUGCAGCAACACUACCUGUUACAGGGGUUCCAAUGAAGGGCGUUAUUCUCGCCAACCGUAAAACAAUAUUUCAUAAAACCCGCUUAUGCCCACGUCUAACCAGCGGGAGCUGCCAUCUUGGGGCAAGAUGUAACUUCGCCCACACUGAACACGAACUGCGGCCUGCUCCCAACCUCGACAAAACGAAACUGUGUCCAUCAGUUCUACAUCCCGGCACCGCAUGCCCGGCUAACGCGAAAGGGGAAACAUGCAGAUUCGCCCACAGCAAAGCGGAGAUUCGCCACACCACCAACAUGUUCAAAACGAACAUGUGCCUCAAGUGGAUUCGAGGAAAAUGCAAGAAAGAGGCACAGUGCAAUCACGCACAUGGCCAUCAGGAGUUGAAAUACUACCGAGCGGUGGCGAUGGCUAGCGGUGGUCGGGACUUCGCUCGGGAAAGCGAAGCCACGAUGUCUCGCAGACGGAAACAAGGUGGUGCUGUGGGCGCAGUUGGAGGAGGGAAUGCUGCUUCUACUUCGCGUCUGUCUCUAUUGAAGGAGACGGUAGGAGGUAGUACCCGGGAAAGAGCUUCAGGACGCUCAUCUCGCAAUAACGGGAACAGCAGAGAGCAGCAGCCUCCAAAGAACAGCUGCGAAUCUGUGAACGCUGCCCUCGCCGCUCUGUAUGAAGAGCUGUUAAAAGGCGCCAGCAGGCGAGAAGCCAUCUACGGCUCGGCAGGUGGAGUCGGCACCCCUCUGCAAGAUGAUAGCACAACUGCCACAGAUGAGCUCUCGGAUUUCUCUUCUUUCUCGUCUAGGGGCCUGUCAGAAGCGCUGUGCUCAGCACCUGCCCCCACAACAACCGUCAACUUCGGUUCAUGUGGGGGCCCUUUGCAUGCGUCUGCUUCUGACGUUUUCUCUACAACAGCACCGUCCUCGUGUGCAGGUACCCCAACGGCUUCUCUUAGCAGCAAUAACGAUUUGAAACUGGAGGUCGACCGACUUCUGCUGCUCAGGGCUCUUGCCGGAGAAAGUGGGGGAUUGCUGAUGGGUGCAUGCGACCCGCAAGAGGAAGAAAGGAACCAAGCUGCAGCAACUGCUGCUGCUGGGAACCUUACGACCGAGCGGGAUAGCAUGAGGCAACUUGAGGCGAAUCUGGCAAGGCUGUGUCUAGGUGACGUCACAGCAAGACAUUAUCCAGAUCCACCUCCAGGGUUUGAACACCUGCAGCAGCAGCACGCCGUUGUGGAUCUGGAGCGUCUCGCAACGGCGGAUGGUUUCGAUUAA